AUGGACAACUUCAACUCAACAAGUAUGGUCUCCGCCUUCGUUAAAGCCACAUCGGAGGGCCCUGCAGCAGCCAAUACCAGCACAUCACACCCGCACAUUCCAGGGCCCGGCGAUCAUUCUGUACGCAAUCCUAUGAUUGUUGUGUACAUACUAAUUAUUGCCAUCAAGGACUCUGCAACUUCUCCAUUGCGCUUUGUGUAUAGUAUUAACACUGGGAUUACCAGUGCUAUUUUCUUCUCGCUCCUGAUAUGGCGAGGAAUUCACCAAAGUCUCAUGGCAGCACGUGCUAAACGGCUUUCCGAUCCGGAGCUCACCUACAAGACAACUAGUGUGUGGCUCAAGCUGUUCAGAUUGGUCUGGACUGGCCUCAAGGGUCUCCUCUUGUCUUUUAUGGACAUGUUUACGAAGAAAUACUGGAAGGACAUGUGGAGCGACACGAAGCAAAUCUGCGCUCCCUUGUCUUCAUGUGGCAUAUGUUUGAAUGCUUAUUCCUGCGGCCUCGUCUGUAAUCCAGCCACGGACGAUGGAGUUGGCCUCCCAACCUCAGAGGAGCGAAACGGCGUCGCCGCCUAA